AUGGAGCAGGAUGUGGAAAGUCCGGCAGUCACCACCCGAAAGCCCAAGCUACCCAAGCAGGCUCGCAAGGACCUGCCCAAGCAGCUGGUAGACCAGGUGCGGGCAAAGAGGAAGAUCCAGAGGUACGUCCGUAAGGACGGCAAAUGUAAUGUCCACCAUGGCAACGUCCAGGAGACCUAUCGCUACCUGACGGACAUCUUCACCACACUGGUGGACCUCAAGUGGAGGUUCAACCUCUUCAUCUUUGUCUUGGUGUACACAGUGACGUGGCUCUUAUUUGGCUUCGCAUGGUGGCUCAUCGCCUAUGUCCGUGGCGACCUGGAACACAUAGGGGACAACCAGUGGACUCCCUGUGUCAAUAAUCUCAACGGUUUUGUCUCAGCCUUUCUCUUCUCCAUAGAGACAGAGACAACCAUAGGUUACGGCUAUAGGGUUAUAACAGACCAAUGCCCAGAGGGGAUCCUUCUGCUGUUGAUUCAGUCGGUGCUGGGGUCCAUAGUUAAUGCCUUCAUGGUGGGCUGCAUGUUUGUCAAGAUCUCGCAGCCCAAGAAGCGGGCAGAAACAUUAGUGUUCUCCACCAGCGCUGUCAUCUCCGUAAGGGAUGGCCGGCUGUGUCUGAUGUUCAGGGUAGGGGACCUUCGGAACUCGCACAUCGUGGAGGCCUCAAUCAGGGCCAAGCUGAUCAAGUCCAAGCAGACCAAGGAAGGGGAGUUCAUACCCCUCAACCAGACAGACAUGAAUGUGGGUUAUGACACGGGGGAUGACAGGCUCUUCCUGGUGUCCCCGCUCAUCAUCUGCCAUGAAAUCAAUCAGAACAGCCCCUUCUGGGAGAUCUCCCAGGCCGACCUUGACAAAGAGGACCUGGAGAUUGUGGUCAUUCUGGAGGGCAUGGUGGAGGCUACAGGGAUGACGUGCCAGGCCAGGAGCUCGUACGUGACUAGCGAGAUCAAGUGGGGCUACCGCUUCAUGCCCGUGCUCACACUGGAGGAUGGCUUCUACGAGGUGGACUACAACAGCUUCCACGACAUCCAUGAGACCAACACACCCAGCUGCAGUGCCAGAGAGCUGACCGAGAUGAAUUGCCGUGCCCGCCUGCCCCUUACCUGGUCCGUGGCCAGCAAGCUCAGCCAGCAGGGGGUGCUGGAACCUGAAGGCCGCGAGAAGAAGAGUACUACUACCCUGGUAACCCAGGAGGAGGGGCUGGAGGAGCAGACAGAGAGGAAUGGUGACAUUGCUAACAUAGAGAGCGAGUCCAAAGUGUAA